GGGGGCGGGUCCUGCGGCACCGCCCGGGAAGCUGCGCGCGGCUGGGCGGCCGCCGCCACAUCCUCCCCUUCCUCCUCCUCCUGGUCCAAGCCAGCCGAGUGGGGCCAGGGCCAGGGCCGAGCCGAGGGCUCCGAGGGUGCGGGCGGAGCGAGGCACAGAGCCAUGGCGCACCAGACGGGCAUCCACGCCACUGAGGAGCUGAAGGAAUUCUUUGCCAAGGCACGGGCUGGCUCUGUCCGGCUCAUCAAAGUCGUCAUUGAGGACGAGCAGCUUGUGCUGGGUGCCUCACGGGAGCUGGCGGGCUGCUGGGACCAGGACUAUGACAGGGCUGUGCUGCCGCUGCUGGAUGCCCAGCAGCCCUGCUACCUGCUCUACCGCCUGGACUCGCAGAACGCCCAGGGCUUCGAGUGGCUCUUCCUCGCCUGGUCACCUGAUAAUUCCCCUGUGCGACUGAAGAUGCUGUAUGCAGCCACACGAGCCACAGUGAAGAAGGAGUUUGGGGGUGGCCACAUCAAGGAUGAGCUCUUUGGGACUGUGAAGGAUGACCUCUCCUUUGCUGGGUACCAGAAGCACCUGUCGUCCUGUGCAGCACCUGCCCCGCUGACCUCGGCCGAGAGAGAGCUUCAGCAGAUCCGUAUUAAUGAGGUAAAGACAGAGAUCAGUGUGGAGAGCAAGCACCAGACCCUACAGGGCCUUGCCUUCCCACUGCAGCCUGAGGCCCAGCGGGCACUUCAGCAGCUCAAGCAGAAGAUGAUCAACUACAUCCAGCUGAAGCUGGACCUGGAACGGGAGACAAUCGAGCUGGUGCACACAGAGCCCACGGAUGUGGUCCAGCUGCCCUCGCGGGUGCCCCGAGAUGCUGCCCGCUACCACUUCUUCCUCUACAAGCACACCCAUGAGGGUGACCCCCUCGAGUCUGUGGUGUUCAUCUACUCAAUGCCGGGGUACAAGUGCAGCAUCAAAGAGCGCAUGCUCUACUCCAGCUGCAAGAGCCGCCUCCUCGACUCUGUGGAGCAGGACUUCCAGCUGGAGAUCUCCAAGAAGGGCCCUUGCCAUGGUGCCCUGCAGCCCCUGUCUCUCCUGGUGCAGGCGGCCAUGCUGGCCGUGGCUCUGGCCCAAGGCACCCUGCCUCCCUUCCUGCCCUGUGAGCUCCAGCCCCACGGCCUGGUGAACUGCAACUGGCUGUUCCUGAAGUCCGUGCCCCACUUCUCAGCAGCAGCACCCCGGGACAAUGUCACCAGCCUUUCCUUGCUCUCCAACCGCAUCCACCACCUCCACGACUCCGACUUUGCCCAACUGUCCAACCUGCAGAAACUCAACCUCAAAUGGAACUGCCCGCCAGCCGGCCUCAGCCCCAUGCACUUCCCCUGCCACAUGACCAUCGAGCCCAACACUUUCCUGGCUGUACCCACCCUGGAGGAGCUGAACCUGAGCUACAACGGCAUCACGACUGUGCCUGCCCUGCCCAGCUCCCUCGUGUCCCUGAUCCUGAGCCGCACCAACAUCCUGCAGCUAGACCCCACCAGCCUCACGGGCCUGCAUGCCCUGCGCUUCCUAUACAUGGAUGGCAACUGCUACUACAAGAACCCCUGCGGGCGGGCCCUGGAGGUGGCCCCAGGCGCCCUCCUUGGCCUGGGCAACCUCACCCACCUGUCACUCAAGUACAACAACCUCACAACGGUGCCCCGCAGCCUGCCCCCUAGCCUGGAGUACCUGCUGUUGUCCUACAACCACAUUGUCACCCUGGCACCUGAGGACCUGGCCAAUCUGACUGCCCUGCGUGUGCUCGAUGUGGGUGGAAACUGCCGCCGCUGUGACCAUGCACGCAACCCCUGCGUGGAGUGCCCACAUAAAUUCCCCCAGCUGCACUCCGACACCUUCAGCCACCUAAGCCGCCUAGAAGGCCUCGUGUUGAAGGAUAGUUCUCUCUACCAGCUGAACCCCAGAUGGUUCCGUGGCCUGGGCAACCUCACAGUGCUCGACCUGAGUGAGAACUUCCUCUACGACUGCAUCACCAAAACCAAGGCAUUCCAGGGCCUGGCCCAGCUGCGAAGACUCAACUUGUCCUUCAAUUACCAUAAGAAGGUGUCCUUCGCCCACCUGACGCUGGCACCCUCCUUCGGGAGCCUGCUCUCCCUGCAGGAACUGGACAUGCAUGGCAUCUUCUUCCGCUCACUCAGCCAGAAGACGCUCCAGCCACUGGCCCGCCUGCCCAUGCUCCAGCGUCUGUAUCUGCAGAUGAACUUCAUCAACCAGGCCCAGCUCGGCAUCUUCAAGGACUUCCCUGGUCUGCGCUACAUAGACCUGUCAGACAACCGCAUCAGUGGAGCUGUGGAGCCGGUGGCCACCACAGGGGAGGUGGAUGGUGGGAAGAAGGUCUGGCUGACAUCCAGGGACCUCACUCCAGGCCCACUGGACACCCCCAGCUCUGAGGACUUCAUGCCAAGCUGCAAGAACCUCAGCUUCACCUUGGACCUGUCACGGAACAACCUGGUAACAGUCCAGCCAGAGAUGUUUGCCCAGCUCUCGCGCCUCCAGUGCCUGCGCCUGAGCCACAACAGCAUCUCGCAGGCGGUCAAUGGCUCACAGUUCGUGCCACUGACCAGCCUGCAGGUGCUGGACUUGUCCCAUAACAAACUGGACCUGUACCAUGGGCGCUCGUUUACGGAGCUGCCGCGACUGGAGGCCCUGGACCUCAGCUACAACAGCCAGCCCUUCAGCAUGCGGGGUGUGGGCCACAACCUCAGCUUUGUGGCCCAGCUGCCCACCCUGCGCUACCUCAGCCUGGCACACAAUGGCAUCCACAGCCGUGUGUCCCAGCAGCUCUGCAGCACCUCGCUGUGGGCCCUGGACUUCAGCGGCAAUUCCCUGAGCCAGAUGUGGGCUGAGGGAGACCUCUAUCUCCGCUUCUUCCAAGGCCUGAGAAGCCUAAUCCGGCUAGACCUGUCCCAGAAUCGUCUGCAUACCCUCCUGCCAUGCACCCUGGGCAACCUCCCCAAGAGCUUGCAGCUGCUGCGUCUCCGUAACAAUUACCUGGCCUUCUUCAAUUGGAGCAGCCUGACCCUCCUGCCCAACCUGGAAACCCUGGACCUGGCUGGAAACCAGCUGAAGGCUCUGAGCAAUGGCAGCCUGCCUUCUGGCACCCAGCUCCAGAGGCUGGACGUCAGCAGGAACAGCAUCAUCUUCGUGGUCCCUGGCUUCUUUGCUCUGGCCACGAGGCUGCGAGAGCUCAACCUCAGUGCCAACGCCCUCAGGACAGUGGAGCCCUCCUGGUUUGGUUUCCUAGCAGGCUCCCUUGAAGUCCUAGAUGUGAGCGCCAACCCUCUGCACUGCGCCUGUGGGGCAGCCUUUGUGGACUUCCUGCUGCAGGUUCAGGCUGCCGUGCCUGGUCUGCCCAGCCGCGUCAAGUGUGGCAGUCCGGGCCAGCUCCAGGGCCGCAGCAUCUUCGCACAAGACCUGCGCCUCUGCCUGGACGAGUCCCUCUCCUGGGACUGUUUUGGUCUCUCAUUGCUGGUUGUGGCCCUGGGCCUGGCCAUGCCUAUGUUGCACCACCUCUGCGGCUGGGACCUCUGGUACUGCUUCCACCUGGGCCUGGCCUGGCUGCCCCGGCGGGGGUGGCAGCGGGGCGCGGAUGCCCUGAGCUAUGAUGCCUUUGUGGUCUUCGACAAGGCACAGAGCGCAGUGGCCGACUGGGUGUACAAUGAACUGCGGGUGCGGCUAGAGGAGCGCCGUGGGCGCCGGGCGCUCCGCCUGUGUCUGGAGGAGCGUGACUGGCUACCUGGCAAGACGCUGUUCGAAAACCUGUGGGCCUCAGUCUACAGCAGCCGCAAGAUGCUGUUUGUGCUGGCCCACACGGACCAGGUCAGUGGCCUCUUGCGUGCCAGCUUCCUGCUGGCCCAGCAGCGUCUGCUGGAGGACCGCAAGGACGUUGUGGUGCUGGUAAUCCUGAGCCCUGACGCCCGCCGUUCCCGUUACGUGCGGCUGCGCCAGCGCCUCUGCCGCCAGAGUGUCCUCUUCUGGCCCCACCAGCCUAGUGGCCAGCGCAGCUUCUGGGCCCAGCUAGGCAUGGCCCUGACCAGGGACAACCGCCACUUCUAUAACCAGAACUUCUGCCGGGGCCCGACGAUGGCUGAGUAGCACAGAGUGACAGCCUGGCAUGUACAACCCCCAGCCCUGACCUUGCCUCUCUGCCUAUGAUGCCCAGUCUGCCUCACUCUGUGACGCCCCUGCUCUGCCUCCGCCACCCUCACCCCUGGCAUACAGCAGGCACUCAAUAAAUGCCACUGGCAGGCCAAACAGCCAA